AUGGAAGAUUAUGAGUACUUUACGCGUGUCUCUACUUCUCCUGAACUUGUAAAUAUUAGCAACCCUGAACAGUUGAACUCUAUUCUUAAGAUUUGUAUUAAAAAAUAUAGUCAAAACAAAAAAAAAGAUGAUGAAAUAUUUCCAAUUCUUCUAAAACUAGCCAAUUUGGGAUUAUACUCAGAAGCUGAAUAUUUUUUGAGUCUCUUGUAUAUUAAUAAACAAGGAAUCACAGAAGGAGAUACUGCUCUAAAUUUAGAAUAUGCUAAACAAUUUAAUAAAUA